AGGUGCCCGUUUACGUGCACAACUCCAAAGAUUUCGUUGCGAAGAGCGCUGCCGUUCAAGCGUUUCCGAUCUGACUCACAGUGUUAUCCUCCUAACCAACCUGAGAAGGCACUCUACCAUGUCUUCCUCAGCCAACAUGCAGGGAGUCCAGUGGCCCCCGUCGCUGCUGCUGGUUGUACGGCGGCACCUGGAGCACGUCGAGGACGCCGUGGCGCCGAGUAUCCCACCCAUGCCGUCCUCCUCGCCCAGCAUCUACGAGUUCUUCGAGUCCCACCGCGACGCCCUCGAGGGCGAGAUGAGGACCUGCAGCUACGACCCAACCGUCACGGAGUGCUGCAUCGCGUUCUUAAUCGGUGUGCUGGAGCAGGCCUGCGCGCUUUCGUUUUUGCUGUCGCGUGAGCGCCGCAUCAUCGCCAUGACGGUCCGACAAGUGGAGAAGCGCCUCAGCAAAUCGCGCACCGCCGCGCCGGAGACGAAGCGGCGCCGCCUUGACGAGGCAGCCGCGACGGAGUCACGCUAUGCGCGUGUCUUGACGCUCGAGUAUCUGCUGCGCCUCUAUGUCUCUCUCCCGAUGAUUUUAGAGCACUACGAUAAACUUGGUAGUGCGGCGAUGCCGGGCUACGCCACGGCUCCUCUGUGGUGCUUCAUUAAUAUCUCCUUGCGGCUGCUGAGCUCAAAUAAUCGACUCUUUUCGCCCAUCACCUCCUACGUUCCUCUGCGCUGA